AUUGCACUCAUCGGACUGGCAGAGUAAUGGGCCAAAACUUGAUCCUGAACAUGAACGAUCAUGGCUUUGUGGUCUGUGCCUUCAAUAGAACGGUUUCCAAAGUGGACAGCUUCCUGGAGAAGGAGGCCAAAGGGACCAAGGUGAUUGGUGCUCACUCUCUGGAGGAGAUGGUCAGCAAACUGAAGAAACCUCGCCGCAUCGUUCUCCUGGUGAAGGCCGGCCAGGCGGUUGAUGACUUCAUCCAGAGACUGCGGAGAUGUACAGAGCUGAAAGCCAAGGGUUUGCUGUUUGUGGGAAGUGGAGUCAGUGGUGGCGAGGACGGAGCUAGAUACGGACCUUCGUUGAUGCCUGGAGGACACAAGGAAGCUUGGCCUCACAUCAAGGACAUCUUCCAGAGUAUCGCUGCCAAGGUUGGAACGGGUGAACCAUGUUGUGACUGGGUGGGAGAUGAGGGAGCAGGCCACUUCGUGAAGAUGGUCCACAACGGCAUAGAGUACGGAGACAUGCAGUUGAUCUGUGAAGCCUAUCACCUGAUGAAGGACAUUCUCCACAUGUCCCAUGAUGAAAUGUCCAAGGUGUUUGAGGAAUGGAACAAGACGGAACUCGACUCGUUCCUGAUUGAAAUCACGGCGAAUAUCCUCAAGUCGGACACCGAUGGGAAGCCGCUGCUGCCGCAGAUCAAAGACUCGGCGGGACAGAAGGACGGGAAAUGGACGGCCAUUUCCUCGCUGGUUGGAGUGCCAGUCACUCUUAUAGGUGAGGCUGUCUUUGCGAGGUGCCUGUCUUCCCUGAAAGAUGAGCGUGGUAAUAGCCAGCAAGCAGCUGUCGGGCCCAAGGAGUCGAAAUUCUCUGGCGAUAAGAAGGCAUUCCUGGAAGAUAUACGCAAGGCUCUCUAUGCUUCAAAGAUCAUCUCCUACACCCAGGGCUUCACUCUAAGACAAGCAGCUAAAGAAUUUAACUGGAGUCUGAAUUAUGGUGGAAUUGCACUGAUGUGGAGAGGUGGCUGCAUCAUCAGAAGGUUGUUCUUUUUUGGGAAAAUUAAAGAUGCCAUUUGAUGCAAACCCAAGAGCUACAGAACCUGCUGGUUGAUCAGUUUUUUCAAGAAGGCAGUUCAGGACUGUCAGGAAUCCUGGCGCCGUGUGGUCAGUACUGGUGUACAGAUGGGGAUCCCAUGCCCCUGCUUCAGUACAGCCCUGUCGUUCUUUGAUGGUUACAGGCAUGAAGUUCUUCCAGCCAACCUUUAUCAGGCACAGAGGGAUUACUUUGGUGCUCACACAUAUGAACUGCUGACCAAACCCGCUUUCGUCCACACCAAUUGGACGGGUCACGGUGGAAGUGUCUCGUCAUCUUCAUACAAUGCCUGAACGGUCAGCUGUUGGCAAAUACUGGUGAAAUAACAUUCCAUAGAUAUUCUUAAAAAUAACUGUACUCAUAAAUAUUGUAACUUAAGGUAUUCCAAGUCAACCUGCACUGGAGUCUGGUUUAGAAUCACAGAAGGUAACUUACUGUAGACUAAAAUGAACAACUGAACUUGAGGCUAACUGAAGCUUCUCAUGAAUAAUAAACCUGUCUUAGCUAUGA